GAUGUGCUUUGCGAAUUACGAACGGCAUUCAUCUCUGCCUGCAUCAUAAAAAUUGUUCAGUGAGAGUUUGCGAUCCCGCGGGUACGGUCGAAAUAUACGGGAUUUUUUCGCAUAUGGUUUAUUGUUGUUUCCCUUAAUAUUACAACUACUAUUCUAUUGUAACUUAGUACAACGAUACAAAAUACAUAUAAACUAAACAUACAAAUAAAUACCGUCUGUGUAAUAAAAUCUAAAAAUAAAUUUAUUAAAUAAAACAUAAAAUUUUAAAUAAUAUAUUGCACAAAUAAAAUUGUUUAAAAAAUAAGUUGUGGAUAAAUUUCCGAUGGAAUCUUUUAGAGAAUCCUUUGCUUUGUGAAUGAAAUUCGUUGCCGGUGUCUUUGUAUUAUUGGUCGACAAACCAUUUCCUUGAAUACAAAGUUUACAAUCAUUUGCGGUUUAUAGUAAGUACAGGUGGCAAUAUAUACUUCUAUUAUAUUGGAACUCGCACAACAUAAAUAGCAAUCAAUACCCAUGGCCAUGUAAAUUUAAACAUAAUACAGCUCAAGUCAAGUAAUAAUAAAAAAAUAAAAACAAAAAUGUAAACCAACAAAAAAUGAAAAAGAACAGAAGCAGAAACAACUAUAACAACAUUAACUACAAGUAUACUCAUAACACUAUUAAAUAAAAUUGUUGUGAAUAAAAGCAAACACAUGUACAUAAAAAAAAACAAAAACAUCAUUAACAACAAUUACAACUGAACAUAAUUAACAUUCUGAAUAUACAUGUCUUGCAUAUUCAUUGGAGCAACUGCUGGUGCACUUACUUGCUCCUGACUCUUUCUGUCUCGUGUUAUCAGCGUCAUCGUAAACCAGCUCCACAACUAAUCCUGUUCCUGUUUCUUAUAUGUGUAUUACUUCCUUUUAUUUGUAUCCUUAUUUCAAUUUUAUGCGCCACACAAACACUCAUUUGAAUAGAAUUCCGUUCCACUAACGAAACACGAACUUUACCAUUCUAAACCAAACAAAAUAAUACAACACAUCUUAACUAUAUCCAACUCAACUCUACUCAGUUCUGCUCAUCUCGAUACGGUUUGACUUUUUUACAAUCACUGGUAUUACGUAUUUACACUGUCUGAACUAUGGAUUUAUCAUCAUACGUACAACUGUCCUGUUCAUCUGUAUUAUGUUGGCUUUUUAUACUCAUUAUAUGUUGUGCAGCUCACACAACAUCAACACGUGCUCGUGUAACACCCACAGCCAUGACACGUAACAUCGAGGAAGAAAAUGUAAAAUACUUGUUGGAAGGUCCUCCAGUGUUGGUCGAAUCAAUAUUUGGAACAUUGGCCAGACUUCCAUGUAAUGUGACGCCACCUUUGCAGGAGGAUCGUGUAGCACUAGUGAUUUGGUAUAAAGUUGGAUUAAAAACACCCAUUUAUAGUGUUGACACGAGAGAAUCCAAUUUUUCCCAAGGUACUCAUUGGUCUGAUGAAGACUAUCGAGAACGUUUAUCCUUUGCAUUGGAUGGACGUACUGGGACAUUAACAAUGAAAAAUACUCAACAAGAGGAUACAGGAGAAUAUAGAUGCCGUGUUGAUUUUCAAAAGAGUCCUACACGAAAUUCAAAAGUUAAUUUGACUGUUAUAAUUCCUCCCGAAUCAAUUAUUAUAUUGGAUCAUAAAGGAACAACAAUUAAAGAUCAUACUUUGGGCCCCUACAAUGAAGGUGCUAUGAUAAAUAUAACGUGUGUUGCCAUUGGAGGCCAACCGCAGCCUAGAGUUACCUGGUUGCACGAAAAUGCAAUACUUGACUCAUCAUCACAUGCGUUGUCAGACCGCCGUGUUGGUAAUGUUUUAUCACUGUCCAAAUUGCUAAGAAAAAAUUUGCAUAUGCAACUAACAUGUCGAGCUGCGAAUAAUAAUAUAACAAUGCCAAUUACAAAUACCGUAGUACUGGAUAUGAACCUACGUCCAUUACUUGUUAAAUUGCAAGGAGAAAAUCGUCCUUUAUCUGCGGAUAAUUCAUAUCAAUUAAGCUGUGUAGUCAUUGGCUCGAGACCAGCACCCACAAUAACAUGGUGGAAGGGUAGUACACCAAUGAAAAAUACUCAUGAAAUUGCUAAUCCCGAUGGUAAUAUGACCACAUCAAUUUUAACCUUUACACCCACAAUUGAUGACCGUGGCAAGUAUUUAUCAUGUCGCGCUGAACAGAGUAUGAUUCCAGAGUCGGGUAUGGAGGAUGGAUGGAAAUUGGAUAUUUAUCAUAUUCCUGUCGUUACGUUAGAGCUCGGCACAAAUUCUAUGAAUUCAACAUUUCGCGAAGGCAUUGAUGUGUUUUUCGAGUGUAACAUCAAAUCAAAUCCAUGGAUCAACAAUGUCAGUUGGCGCCAUAACGGUAAUAUAUUGGAAAAUAAUAUUGCUGAAGGCAUUAUAGUGGCUAACCAAAGUCUUGUUCUACAAAAUGUAAGCAGAGCUCGCAGUGGCAUUUAUACAUGCGUGGGAAGUAAUCGAGAAGGAGAUGGCGAAAGUAAUCCAGUCCAUUUGGAUAUACGAUUUGCUCCCGUAUGUCGACAAGGGCAACGAGUUGUGUAUAGUACGGGACGUCAUGAAACAGUAAAAAUUGCAUGUGAAAUUGAAGCAAAUCCAGCGGAAACAACAUACGUGUGGAAAUUCAAUGCCACACUUGGUGAAACAAUAGACAUACCGGCUUCACUUAUAGCAAUUGAUCGUGGACGCAGUAUUGCACAUUACACACCAGUGACAGAAAAUGACUAUGGAACUCUAUUAUGUUGGGCUAGUAAUGAAAUUGGUGAUCAAACGGAGCCGUGCGUUUAUACAAUAACACCAGCAGGUGAACCAGACUCUUUGGUAAAUUGUACAUUGCUCAAUCAAACUUCAACUGGCUUUCAAAUUGAGUGUAUAGAAGGAUUUGAUGGUGGCUUACAGCAAGACUUUAUUAUGGAAGUUUAUGUGAAUGGCACCACUAGACAUCCAAAAAUCUACAAAUCAAAAACACCUUACUUUGAGGUGCGUGGUUUAGUGCCAGGUGCUGGUUAUAAUGUAUUUCUGGUGGCACACAAUAGUAAAGGUCGCAGCAAUGCUACCAUAUUGCAAGUAUAUACACUUAAGGAUCCAGAGAAACAGACAGUUUUAUUUACUUACAAAAAAUCUUAUGAGACCGUUAAUCAAGCACCUUUUAAUUUAACACAACCUAAACCAAAAAAGAAAAAUCUGUCGUUAGCCUAUGCUCCUGCCAUUGAGGAUAUACGGCCGUUUUUAGGUAUUUUAGUUGGUGUUGUGGUCAGCAUAAUUUUGGUGGCUCUAAUCAUUGUAAUCAUUGUGCGAAUGAGGGGUUCUUCAGGAAGAGACCGUAAUAAUUAUAUGCAUGCAACAGCAACAACUCAGGGACGAAACAACAAUGGCCUUGGGCCGCUUCACAAUAGCCACGACAUGCACAAUGGGAGAGGAAAUUGUCAUGUAACAAGCAGUUUGGAUAGUAUUGACAAAAAUCCCGAUAUAAUACCGCAAGAUGGACACGAUGAUGAUGAUGAGUGGACGACAAGUGCACAUAAUCAUGCUUAUGCUACAGCUGCCAUGGCCGAACAGAAUGCUGUGAUAACGACAUCAACAACUUAUGAUCACAUAAUACCCACAUAUGCUGUCGUCGAUAAAAAGUCACAACAGCAGCAUUUACAACAACUACAACAACAUCAACAGCAAACACAGCAAAUGUCUGCUGUACCGCCGACACAUCAUGGUCAAUAUGUACAAUACAAUACUCUCAUACCAGUUAGCAAAAUGAGUGCUUUCCAAGCACAACAACAACAAGCAAAUAAGAGUGAGCUAACGCACGCCGACAUGACUGGAGCAACAAAUCAACGUAUACCACAAUAUUGCAGUGCAACGUUAGGUCGUCCCAGACAGGCGGAUUUAAAACGAGCCGAACCCAAUAUAUAUUCCCAGAUUGAUCUUGCUCAUCAUCCCAUGUACUCUACGAGUCCUAUGUUUGCCACUAGUACCAUAACUGGUGUCACAAUGUCACAUCCAUCACAAUUGGCCACCUUUACAACACCACCACUUCCAUCCAUGUAUGCGCAUAAACUAGUUUCAGCUUCACAAUCCCAAAAUAUUCCAACCAGCAUGGUAUCCGUGUCGGCAGCAAAUGUCCAUUCCACCAACAUUGGCAGUGGCUGUGGUAGCGUAGGAGGUGGAAGUCUGUUGCAAACUAGUAUGUUACCCGGCCAUAUACCAGUCUCACAUCAUAGUGCCCAACAACAAUCCAUCAUUUGUGCGUCCCAAAAGAGACCACAAUCGCCUUCGGCAGCUUCAACACAUUCAACGGCAUCAGUAACGGCCACGCUGCCAUCGUCGUCUUUGGCAUCAUGUUGUUCAGCGGGUGGAGUAGGUGGCGGCAUCUUAAAUUUACAGGGAAAUGGAAGUAUAAUGGCUGUCAACAAUAUGGGUGGCUCAGGUGUUUAUCUUAACGAAGCGCCCACAAACUCUGGUAUUUUAAAAUCUGUUCCCGAAGAAAUAAUUCAUCAUCAAAUUAAUGGCGAGAAUAUUAUAGUGACACAAGAUCGAAACAAUGGCACAAGAUUCUGACGCUAAACAUUAUACAAUUUUAAAGAAAAAUGAACUAAUAAUUCAAAUCUCAACAAUAAAAAAGUAGACAAUGAACCUCAUAUAAGUAAAAAAAAUCAUAAAAUUAACAUUUUAAAUCAAUUCAAAGUGAACCUCAUGUUGAUAUAAAAUAAAUGAAAAAAGAAACAAAAAUAUAUAAAAUAAUUUACAAGAAAGUAAGAGAUGAAAAGGAAACAAGAGACCUUCUUUAAGAACAACAUAUAGCAGAGUAAUUAAGACGUUAAAGAAAAAGAAAAACUCAAUUAACUGCCUUUUAAAAGAAUCGCAUUUAAAUCCUAUUUAUCACUAAAUCCUUUCAAGCCGACAAUUUAUAUAACAAAAUAUUCUUGAAUCCUCUAGGAAAUGAAAAACAACAAUGGCAAGGAUUCAUAAAAUAAAAUCGCUAUCGUAAGUAUUUCAGACCGACUAAGCCCUUUGAAAAUGCAAUUUAAAAAACAUGUAUGUAUAUAAUUUGUUUUUCUUUUAAAUCUUUUUACCACCGUUGUUAAAUACGUUUUGCCUUUUUUGUUUUGUUGAACAAAUAAUAAUCUAAAACCAAACAUUUAAUUUUUAAAAGAGUGAAAUUAUAAAAAAAAGAACUAAAACCGAUUAAAAACACAAGCAAACAAGUUAACGAAGAAAACGUUUUGUAAAUUUAUUUUAAAUUAUUAACAAUUAAAUCAUUCAUAAAAAUUUAAUUGAACACAAAAACUAAACCGGAAACAAACAAAUUAUUCUAAACUCAAAAAAUAUAUAUUAAUAAAUUAAUAUUUAAAAAGUUGUUAAUUAGUUUAAGCAAAUUAAAAAAGUGAGAAAUUAUCUAUUAUGUAUUUGUUUCGUUUCCAUUGGUAUAAAACCAUAUUAUUUAUUUAUUUAUUUAAUUUAUUAAUUCGCCAGUCAUUACUGUUAGUCAUCUGUGUGUAUAUUCAAGAUAUAAUUAAAUUCAACUUAAGCCCUCGACAUCUUCAUUAGAUCAACUCUAAAUGUAUUGAUCUUAAAAAGUUAAAAUUCCAAAUGCCAACCUAUGUGUACAGACAAAACCUCUAUUGUAAUUAAAUAUUUAAAUGAAUUAACAAAACAUUUUCUAUUUCUAAGUC